CACCCGUGGACAUGCGCUAGUUUACGAGGCAGAAAAAAAGUGAUUACGCACCAAAAACCAAAUACCCACUAGCAUGGACAUAAUCAAAGAGAUCAUAUAAGUAAUGACCUCUUACGUAUUUUUUUCUUUGAUAAGUGAGAAAGAGCAAAUAACUGAUAAUUUCUUUUAAUUUUGUGUUCGGAGUGAAAACAUUUUAUAUUUGUAUUUUGAACGAGCAGUUUAUAGGUUGAUAUCUGAAACAUCUAAUUUAUAAGAAAAGUUUAAAAACAAGAAAGAAAAAAAUAAGAUAUAAACAUACUUCAAUAUGAGAUUCCUAUUGUUACUAUCCAUUGUGCUUGGCAUUGUAACUAUUAGCACAGCAUGGCGUUUUCUCUUGAGAGGUCGAAGUAAAUAUGCUUAUUCAAGAGAAUUAAAUUUGUCUUCUGAAAAAGAUCUGCCUAAAGAACAAUGGUUCAUGCAGUAUUUAGAUCACUUCAAUCCAGCUGAUCAUCGUACGUGGAAGCAGAAAUAUUUUGUAAAUAUCGAGUUUUAUAAAGUUGGUGGUCCAGUAUUUUUGCUUAUUGGAGGUGAAGGUGCAGCAGACGCUGAAAUGAUGGUGAAUGCUCAGUGGGUGGAAUAUGCUAAAGAAUUUCAAGCAAUGUGUUUUUACGUGGAGCAUCGCUUUUAUGGAAAAAGCCAUCCUACUGCAGAUCUUAGCGUGAAGAACUUGAUGUAUUUACAUUCUGACCUAGCAUUGGCGGAUUUGGCUUAUUUCAUUCAAAGUAAUAAUAUUGAUUACAAAUUACCAAACGAAACAAAAUGGAUUGUAUUCGGAGGAUCAUACGCCGGAUCUCUAUCCGCUUGGAUGCGUGUCAAAUAUCCUCACUUGGUUCACGGUGCUGUGUCCACCAGUGGACCGUUGCUUGCAAAAAUCGACUUUCAAGAAUACUUCAGUGUUGUCGCUGAUGUUCUGAAAAAAUCAUCCCAAAAGUGUUUAGAUACAUUAGCCGAAGCGAACAAACAAGUUCAUAUAUUAUUACAUCAUGUUGCCGGUCAACAAAGAAUACAGAAACUGUUCAAAUUGUGCGAUCCGAUUGAUCCUGGACAUACAAAGAAAACUGACAUUCUCAAUUUGUACGAGACACUGGCAGGUAAUGUAGCCGGCAUUGUGCAGUACAACAAAGACAAUCGUCCACGUUCUCCUACUCGAAACAUAACAGUGGACGACGUAUGCAAUAUAUUAGUAGAUGAAACAAUAAGACUACCAGUUGAAAGACUUGCCCUUGUAAACAACAUGAUAUUAAACGCCACCAAGGAGAAGUGCUUGGAUUAUAGAUACGGCAAAAUGAUUCGUGAACUUCGAAAUAUCACUUGGACCAGCGAACAAGCAGAAGGAGGACGUCAAUGGGUGUAUCAAACUUGCACCGAAUUCGGAUUCUUUCAAACGUCAACUGCCCAACCUACUUUAUUCCCCAAUAAUUCGUUCCCAGUGGACUUUUUCGUGCAACAAUGCGUUGAUAUCUUUGGGCCUAGAUACAACCUGGACUUAUUGAAAUUAGCUGUCUCUCAAACAAAUAUCUUAUAUGGUGCGUUAAACAUACAAGCGACAAAUGUUGUAUUUGUGCACGGUUCUGAUGAUCCUUGGCAUGUGCUGGGUGUCACACAUUCUUCCAAUCCGCAAGCACCUGCCAUUCUUAUCAACGGCACCGCUCAUUGUGCGGACAUGUAUGCUCCGACUGAACAAGAUAUGCCUCAAUUGAAAGAUGCUAAAAUGCAGAUAAGAGACCUAAUCGAGCAAUGGCUAAAAAAUUAAAGCUCUCUUUAAUGUGCGUAAUUUACAUGAAUGUGAUAUAAUGUAUACUAUGUGUUGAUAAACUAUAUAUUUUCAAGAUCUAGCAGAGCAAGCAGCAACUCUUGUAAGAUUUUCCGCUAAAUAUCUAGCGAUUUACAAUCUCUCAAUUAUUUUUACUAAAUAGUCACGCGUCAUGUAUUUUCUAUCAAAGUACAAUUACGCUUAAUAAGCGCAGUGUAUUACGCUGAAAACGAAGUAAUUUGAAAAGAGUUAACCAUUCGAGCUGUUGGAAACGCGAGCUGCUUACUAAGCGCUGACCUCUGCUGGAAUCUUCUACGCUAUGAUUUACAAACAGGUAAACCAGGAUUUUAUGAUGUGUGGCAGUAUAAUUUUAUAUUCUUUCUUCGUUUGAAAUAUUCACGCAAAACAAAACAACACAUAGAUUUGUGUAAGAGUUUAUAUAAAUAUGUACGUUUAUUUUUAUAGUCAAUAUAACGUGACAAGUUAAACCUAAACGAUAUUUGUUUAUUUAUAAAUCUAUUGUAUCCAUCAUUACGUACCAUGUUUGAAUGACAAAAUUGCUUGCUAGAAUGAAACAAGUUUGCCCCAAAUGGCACUAUCGUAAUUUAUUACAAUAAAUAAAACUUACGUGAAAAAACAUACAUGUGUGUGUGUGUAUAUGUGUGUGUAUGUGUGUGUUUACUGAAUUGUUUAAAGACAUUGCCAUUUAUUUUCCCGUAAAGUCUACAAACUUUUCGAACAAUUCAGUAUAAAAUCGCUCCGCAUGUGUGUGUGAUUACUUCGAUCAAUAAAUAAAAACCGUGUAAUUUGUUGCAAAAAGCUUAUUGUAUAAUUUUUCAACGAUCAUAAACGGUUAAUAUUGUAAGUAACGCGACUUAAGUAAUGCAGUAUGUCUAUAACAAAUAUAAUAUAUAUGAACUUGA